GGGACUACACGUCCCGGCAUGCAGCGCUUCCCCCUCCCUCCGCGGCGUGCGAGGCGCGGCGGAGGCCGGGGGACGGCGAGCCUGCACCCGCCGCCAUGCGCCUCUCGGCCCUGCUGCCCAUGGCGGCCCGGCUGAAGCUACCGCACGACUACCGCCACGGCACCUGGCCCCCCGAGUCGGCCGCAGCCCAGCAGAGAAACCCUCCGGGGCGUCGGCGCAAGAAGAUCUUCGUGGAGCCCAUCAGCGAGGAUGACUGGAAGGUGUUUCAGGGCGACACGGUCCAAGUCCUGACCGGGAAGGAUGCAGGGAAGCAAGCGAAGGUGACCCAGGUGGUGCGAGCUCGCAACUGGGUUGUUGUGGAAGGCUUGAACACGCAUUACCGCUACAUCAACAGAGCAGCCAAGUACCCUGGGACAUACAUUGCCAGCGAAGCACCACUGCUGCUCAGCCAGAUCUCCCUGGUGGACCCUGAGGACAGGAAGCCGACGGAGGUGGAGUGGCGGUACACGGAGGAGGGCGAGCGGGUCCGCGUCUCCCUGCGUAGCGGCCGGAUCAUCCCCACGCCCGAGCGCCGCCGCCGGGAUGGCAUCAUCCCUGAGCAGUGGAUAGACGGCCCAAAGGACACGUCAGUGGAAGAUGCACUGGACAAGACGUACGUGCCAUCCCUAAAGACCUUCGAAGAGGAGAUCAUGGAUGCAAUGGGCAUUGUGGAGACACGCAGGGCCAAGAAAUCCUACUGGUAUUAACAGCCCUGGUUGAGAACAGAAGGAAAACUGAAACCUGCUCUGGGUUGCGGUCUGUGCCCCUGGGCAGCAGCCUGCAGUAAAGACAUCCCUUUCUUUUACACAUCCACGGCGUGCAGUGCUUUUGAGACAACUUCCAGACAAGCUAGGAGAGGGCAGGACUCCUGGGUAUCCCAGGCUUGGUUCUCCUGCCUGCAGCACCCAGCCCAUAUUCCCUCCCUGGUCACUCAGUCUGAGCUCUGUGCUGUAGAAAAUCAGCUUUAUUGUAAUAAAGAUGAGGCCUGAGCAGCAUCUCGCA